CAGCUGAACACCUACAAAAGUUUUAAAGUGUCAAUUUUAUUUAUUAAAUAAAAAUACCAUAAAUAGUGUUAAUUGAGUUUUUAAAAUUAAAUUUGCCUCUUUGUUUAAAUGUAAUUUUUUAUAUGCAAUUAUCUAAUUAAAGAAAAGAAGAAAGUAUUUUCUUGUCAGAAAAUACAAUAUUCUAAUAAUCUAUAAAUAAACAUAUUGUUUUAGUUGAAUACAAAGAGCUAUGGCUACACGAAAGAGAAGUGGCUCUGGUUCUAAAAGACAUUUAAAAGAAAAAGUGGUGCAGAUAUAUGAAUCGUUCUUUAGAGGCGAAGACUUAACAAGUGAUAAUCCAACGUUUUGGGAUGAGUUUUUUUUGUUGAAACCCAAAAUUCCCCAGCUAGAGGCUGAAAUACACAAGCUGUCUGUAGAACAACUAACCAAUUUGAAAGACAAUAUCAAUUUAUUGGUUCUACAAUGCAUAGAAAUGUUGGGACAAGAACAUCAUAUAAGGUUAGUGUAUGCACUGCAGACAUUCAGUGCAAUUUUGACUACCAUGUAUCAAAGAGCAGGGCAAGACGCUACUUUCAACAUCAAGACUAUUUUAUUAGGAACAGAUAAUGCAAAUGCUAAAAUGCAGAAACUAUUAGAGCACUGCAGUACAGUGUUGUCAGGGGAUGUGCCAGAUAGCUUGAAAUCAAUGGUUCUGAAGUUACUAUUAAUAAUUGCAACUGGAAUAGACAACAUUGAUGACAACCCUCUGGUGGAAUAUUUGAUGCUUCAUUCGUUGUUUGAACCUUUGAUACAGUUACUGUGUACAGCAGCUGAAAGACAGCAACAUGGAUAUGAUGUUGUGCUGCUCCUGAUGUUUCUAGUUAACUAUAAAAAGCAAGAAUCUGCUAAUCCCUACGUUGUGAAACUAUCGAUACUUGAUGAUGAAUUAGCCCUGAAUGGAUAUGGUCAAGUAAUUAGAGCGGCAUUAAAUGAUUUUGUUAUGUCAACAUUCGGAGGAAUGCAGGCGAGUGGUGGUGGGUGGUUAUCAUCCCUCACGAGUAUGGUAGGAGGAAUAUUUCUCACGAGCGAUGAAACACAGCCAGUCAUUAGAGGACAAAGAAAUAGUGGUGGUGAGGAGGGCAUGCUGCUGGCGCUGUACGAGGCGUCUCACCUGAACCGCAACUUCAUGACGACGCUGGCGCACUCGUCGUCCGCCGCGGCGUCGUCGGCGCCCCCCUCCCCGCCGCACACGCUCCCCCCGCACCAGAGCCCACCGAACUUGGCACAGAUUCAAGCGCUUGAUAAUGAUCAGCCGACAAACUUAUUAGUCACAUUCUUUCAAUACUGUUCCAUAGUGAUGGCUGACACGCGAACAGAGGCCAGCAUUAAUAAGUGCAGUCUGUGUUUCAUCACGCUCACUUGUAUUGUUGAGGAACAGUUCGCGAAUUCCAUAAUGCAUGAUCAAAAUCUUACAUUUAAGGUCCAGCUGUACAGGCUACCAAUGCGUCAUAGGAAAAUUGUUCCCGAAGAACCUCCAUCACAACCGCUGGCUUCGACUCUCAUCGAGCUGCUGGUGGAGUUCAUGAUGUGCCACCUGCUGAAGAAGUUCCCGGGCGGGCUGUACGAGCUGUGCGUGGGCGUGCUGCUGCGGCUGCUGAGCUACCAGAAGCGCUGCCGGGUGCGGCUCGCGCGCGACUGGCGCCCCCUGUGGGCCGCGCUCAUCGCGCUGCUCAAGUUCCUCGUCACGCACGAGAGCACGCUGCUGCGCCGCCACAACGUGUUCAUCAUGGCGCAGCAGGUGGUCAACAUAUUUAACCUGUUCAUCACGUUCGGCGAUACGUUCCUGCCGACGCCGGCGUCGUACGACCAGCUGUACUACGAACUGAUUCGGAUGCACCAAGUGUUCGACAACUUGUUCUACAUGGCGCUGCGCUACUCCACGGCGGCGGGCGAGUACAAGGCGGAGGCGCUGCGCCUGGCUAACUGCCUCGUCAACGUGCGCGCCAUCAUCCAGCACUUCUCGCCCAAGAUCGAGGCCUGGCUCGCCUCGCAGAGCCUCUCCACGCCCACUGAGGACCAGAUCCUCGAGGUGGUCCGCAAGAACUACGACAGCCUGAUCCUGAAGCUGCAGGAGGGGCUGGAGGGCUACGAGCGCUACAGCGAGCGCGCGCACCGGGCGCUGCUGCUGCGCCUCGCGCGCGCCGCCGGCGCCGCCGCGCGCCGCCGCAGCGACGCCGCCGCGCUGCGCCUGCACUCCGCCGCGCUGCUGCACCACUACACCGCGCUGGCCUAGCGCCGCCCGCUCGGCGCCGCCGCGCUGCGCCUGCACUCCGCCGCGCUGCUGCACCACUACACCGCGCUGGCCUAGCGCCGCCCGCUCGGCGCCGCCGCUGCCGAUACUUUGACAUUGACCGAACCGCGCCACGAGUAUUGUGACGUCAUCCCGUGGACGAAUUACCACUCCCCUCGCAUUCGUCGUAUACUAUACUAGCCUGACGACCUCCAUUGACAGACGACGUUCAUACAUUUGUUUAUUUGAUGUUGUACAUAUGUAUCUAAUACGAGUAAACAUCGGACUUUGAGAUAGAUUAAAAGAAACAUUCGAUAAUCCUUUUUUCAGGUGACUCCUUUAAAUCAUGAAUAUUUCUCAUAGAACUUUCGAGACCCUCAUCCAUCAUUGUAGUGCAUUUAAAGAAUAUUCAUCUUAAAGAUAACGUGACCCGUUAAGACGCCGGCAACACCUUAUGGCCUUCGACAUUUCGAUAUUUUAGUCACGUCCACUUUUAUUUUAUCCAAUAUUAACUAAUUAAUUAAUUAUUUUAUUUCAUAUCAACGACAUUUUAAUUUUUUUUUCUUUGUUGUCCAUUUUUACAAACUGUAUUUAGAGAACUUUACAGAUCGAAGUAACAUUCGUCCACAUAGCAGCGUAUCUUUGCGGACAUUGUCAAACUCUAUAGGUUUGAAAGAUAAGCUCCAAGUCAAAAACAAUUAAUUUGUUAAAAAUAAGUAAAGUAAUCGAAGAUAAAAAAUAUGUUUUUAACAUACGUUGUGUUAUUAAUAUGACUACUUUACGUUGAUAACAACAUUGUGUUGUUGAAACAACAAUUUUU